AUGUGGGCAGCGGUGUGCUUUAUAAGUAAACCCUAUGAAGUAAACACGCCGUCUGUUCGGGUCUGGUGCAAAAGGGAUUCUUUAAAUGGGAGUGAAAGGGAAUUGGCAAAACAACACGCAUCUGCACACAACCAGAAAUUUCCCGCACUGGUCGUAGAUGGUAUGGCCUGCCUGCGUCACUGGUACUCCUGUAAAUGUUGGGUGUCUGGAGGGCAGUGGAAAGAGUAUAUAGACAUCCUGAAAAGCUGGGUUGAAGCUUUUGCUGCUGCAGGCAUCAGAUUAGUAUUUUUCUUUGAUGGAGUUGUGGAGGAGCGAAAGAGAAUGUCAUGGAUAAAAAUGAGGCAUAGAGUAAAUGGUGAUGUCUGUAAAAUAUUCACCCAUAUUAAAGCCUAUGGUGAGCAGCCAGGUGAACAGAUGUUUGUUUUGCCCUCUGGUCUUGCAACAUUUACUAGAUUUGCCCUUAAAUCAUUGGGGCAGGAAGUAUUUUGUUCAACAAGGGAAGCUGACUAUGAGAUUUGCAGCUAUGCACGUGAGCACAACUGCAUGGGCAUACUGGGACAAGACACAGACUUGAUUAUAUUUGACAGUGCGCCAUAUCUGUCUUCUGCAAAGUUAAAUAUAGACACACUCACAACAAUGCUAUAUGAUAGAAAGAGACUCUGCCAGGUUCUUGGAUUGGAGGUUUUUCAUUUACCUUUAUUAGCUUGCCUCCUCGGUAAUGAUGUUGUGUCUGAGGAGAGAAUGCAGCAUAUCCGAAAAGAAGCCUUGGCAAAAUACAGACAACUUAAUUUUCCACCCUAUACUGGUUCGGAGCAAGGACAAAUGAUAUUUGCAGUCUCCCAGUUAGUGCGCACCUGCUCAGAAAGUCAUGAAGACAUUAUUCCACGUUUUUUAAAGAUGAUACCAGAAUACAAAGAACUAUUGGAGAGCGGUAUUCAAUCAUACUUACUGUGUGAACAAACAAAACAUCUGUCUCAUGACACCACAGACCACCCUGCUGCUGUUUAUCAAAAAUAUGUUAGUCCAGCCAUAUUACAGGCAUGUAGAGAGAAACAUGUAGCAGCAGAGGGAUUCAUGGUUUACUCUGUUGUGUCUGAGGGAGUGGUUGAAUGUAGUAACAGUCUCGAGGACGAUGCAGAAACAGAGUUACUGCCACAAGCUCUCGUUUAUAAACCAUGUAGACAGAGAAUGUAUGGAAUUCUUCUGAUGCAGGAUUUUAAUGUUGUCGAUGUAAGUCCACCACCAAUUAAGGAAUGGUUUGUCUAUCCACAAAAACACCUGAAAGAGCCUGAAAUGGUUCCUCCAGUUCCACUUAACACACAAUAUGAUCACCCUGGACUGGACAUGUUAUGGUUCGGGAAAAAUAAGGAAGUUUCUACUCUACGCCGAGCAUGCUUUCUGGCCAUUCUUGAUCUUUCUGAAUUUACAGAGUUGUAUGAAAUGACAGAGGAGCACCUUUUUGUCACAUUAUGUCUAGUGACUUACAUAGCUCUACAGGUAAAGACACUGUCUCAAGAGGAUGUGGACGCAUACCUGAGCCAGGCUGUGUGCUUGGCACAGAAAUCUCCUCAGGAGCUCCAGCAAAUUAAGUUGCCCUUCUUGUCCAGCCGGGGUGUACAGCUGGGAUGUUUGUAUGUGCGUGGUCUCAGUUAUCUGCUGGGUGCAAACUGUACCAGCGGAGGGGCACUUUCUUCUGCUGCCCUGAUGCCCUGGAACAGCUUUGAUGGGCAGUUGUUCCAGUCAAAGUAUCUCCUGGCUCAUAGUGGUGUGGAAGACAUGGUGCUGCUCCUGGACAAUGAUGGCUCCUGUUUGAAUGUCUUUCAUCACUUGAGGAACAAAGUUCAGGAGGUUUGUCUAAAGAGAGGAAGAACACUGCAGUCCUGUCCCAGACGUCACACUGUACAAAGUGCCAAAGUGGAGCAUCACAUGGCUGUGGGAAAUCAGUCAGAGCAGCGAGGAUCAUACCACAGUGCAGAAAGAUGGAGGGGCAGAGGAGAGGCGAAAAGAAGAGAGCACACAUUUGGAAACUCCUACAGAGGAAGACACAGCCGAGGAAUCUACCCCUCAACUUCAUACCAUCCAGACUCACACUCACAACAAUAUAGUGACAGAGAGGUUCCUACCAAUAGAAUAAACUCCAGGGGUCGUUUCAGAAGCAAAUACCAUCUCGCGCCAAGGUGGUCACGGCCUCCUGCUCCUUGA